AUGGAGAUGCAAGGCAGGAAAUUCGACAACAAAUCCACAAACGAGGAACGUGAUGCAUUGUUACGUACUCUUUUGGAGAGCGCCGAAACCGCUGAUCAAAUUGGCGAUCAGGAUGAGAUGGAUGACGACGACGUUAAUGAUAUCAUGGCCCGAUCCGAGGAAGAAAUACUCCUGUUCCAGAAAAUUGAUCAGGAACGCUCCAAAAACGACCUUUAUGGUCCUGGACGCAAAUAUCCCCGUCUGAUGGCUGAGGAGGAAUUGCCUGAUAUCUAUCUGGCGGAAGAUAACCCGGCCCCUGAAGAGGUGGAAGAAUUUGCUGGCCGUGGUGCACGUGAAAGGAAGGUCAUGAAAUAUGAUGAUGGGCUAACAGAAGAACAAUGGCUCAUGGCCGUGGAUGCGGAUGAUGACACUAUCGAAGAUGCGAUUGCCAGAAACGAAGCCAAGUUGGACCGAAGACGGCAAAACAAAGAGAAACGGGCGAAGAAAGCCCAAGGCGUCACCGACUCAUCCCCAGAACCAUCCAGGGAAAAUUCGGAAGCUCCCCAGCAGCCGAAGAAGCGUCGAAAGGGUCCCGUACCGAAGCGAAAAGCGGAGGAAGUUAUCGACGAAACCCCCGUUAAACGAAAGAAGGGUCGACUCAGUAAAGCCGCCAUGGCCGCAGCGGACACCCUGGCUCCAUCCGAACGCGCAGUCCUCCAGAAGAUUCUCAACAAUGUCUACCAGAGCCUCAUGGAGCUCGAACAAGAGAUCCCUGUCGAUUCAUCAGAUAGUGAAGAUGAACCCAUAACCAGAUCCAUCAUCGAGCCCUUCAUGAAGCCGCCUCCCAAAAGUCAUUACCCCGAUUACUACAUGGUCAUCCAAACGCCUAUAGCGAUGGAUAUGAUUCGGAAGAAGAUUAAUCGGGAGGAGUAUCGCAGUUUGAAGGAGUUUCGGGAAGAUAUCCGGCUGCUGUGCAAUAAUGCACGCACAUAUAAUGAAGAUGGCAGCGUUCUUUUCCAGGAUGCUAAUGAUAUUGAGGCCCUAUGCGUCUCCGAACUCAAGAAGGAAACCGAGAAUCGUCCCGAAUUCGCUGAUUUCGAGGAAACGGCUGCGUCUUCCGCUGCGGUAUCUAGUGUCGGGACCCCGCUUGCUUCUGCUGUGUUAACAUCAACACCUGGUGGACAACAGCAGCAGCAACACCAUCAGAAACUCAAGCUGACAUUCAGUGGCUCCAAAGAUGGUAAUAAUAAUAAUGACAGCGGCGGGCCGUUAACAAAUGGGACAAAUAGUGGGGUUGUAAGUGAUAAUGAAUAA